AUGCCUCUGCCAGGCCCCCUGGGGGUUCCCCUCCUACUCCCCGACGCGGACUCCCCGAAUUCUCCUCCGCUUCCCGGCUCCGAGCCCGCCCUGGACGAGACGUGGGUGAAGCUGUGCGAAGAGGGGACAGGGCGUGCCUUUUACUACAACGUGGUUUCUCAGACGAGGCAGUGGGAGGUGCCUCUUGGCUACCAGGUCGGCGAGUGGGAAGGAGGGAGGGGGGGAAAGAGGGAGGGAAGAGAGGCUACCCUCUUCUUUCUCUGCCCGCGCGACUCCCUUCCCUUGUCUCCCCUGUUUUCCCUACAGCCUCGCCUCCCUGCCCCCUGCGAGCGAGACGGGCGCAUGCUCAGGCACUACUUCGAUCUCUCCACUUUGCCGGGCAAUCGAGAGGACGCCAAGAAGAAGGAGGAGGGGACAAGGAGAGGGAAAGCGCUGAAGGUUCAAUGUGGUGAGAGCAAGAGGUCCGACGAGAAAGGUGGCCGGGGGCAUAGGGAAGAGGAGCGCGGCCUGGACCAGGGGUUGCGUGAGGGAGGGCGGCAGAGUCCUGGCCUCUCCCCUACCGGUCCUGCGUCUCGCGGACCACCUCCAUCACACCGUGCUUGUAUCUCCGCAGACAGGGAUUGGCGCCAACACCAAACUACAAAGACGUUGGAGAAGCACAGCAAGACUUUGGAAUGGCUGAGGAAGGAAUGA